AUGAGAACCACUCCCGAAACACAACAAUCCACGAUUCCAACCAUUGUACGAGCUGAGGCAAUCGACAUUCCAACUAUCGUCUUCUUAGUCAAAGCCGCAUACACCAAAUACAUCGAGCGUGUAGGUCGUGAACCAGCGCCUAUGACUGCAGACUAUGAUCAGCUGCUGCAAAGUCACGAGAUAUAUGUAUUGCGGGUCGCAUCGACAUCAUUAGCAUGCAGGUCUCAUACCACACUAGCUGGUCACAAUAUGUCUCCCGAUCCUAAUAUCGAUCAUAACGUUCUCGGCUCAAUCAUCGUCAAGGCACAGGAUACAUCCCUACACAUCAACAACCUAGUCGUUCAUCCAGAUGCUCAAGGUCGCGGAUAUGGACGACUACUCAUGGACUUCGCAGAGCAGCUAGCUCGGGAACGUGGAUUGAGAAGGCUGCAACUGUACACGAAUGUAAAGAUGUGGGAGAAUGUGAAGCUGUAUGAAAAGCUGGGAUUUAAGGAGACAGACAGAAAAGUAGAGGACGGAUUCGAGAGGAUGUAUUUCGAGAAGUUUGUUGAUUGA